GGCCUGGCACACACACAUCAUGGCUGCUCCCAUGUCUCUGCGGCUGCCUGCAAAGCAUUGUUUUCCCAGAGCUGAAUGCACCACUUGUCACUAAUUAGGGAGAGAGCCCGUGCUGCCAGUGGCCCUGGGGUUAGCAGCAGCCGCAGCCGGAGUCAGGGGAGUGCAGUGCAGCAGCAGUGACAGGGAGGAGGAAUGCAUGGAGCCAUCUCGUCUUUGUGUGUCUGAAAACAAAACAAAAAAGGCAAAGGGGGGAGGAGGAGGAUAGGGGAGUGUGCAGGGAUAUUUUUGUGCAGACUGGAAAGUUAAUGUAAGCUCCAUCAUCAUUUAACAGGUCUGUCACUGAUGCUGCAUUAGAGUGCAUUACUCUGUUUAAUGCAGAAUGGAAAACUUCAGCCCGCCUCUAAUGUUUGAUUUCAGCAUGGGCAAUGUUGGGAGCAUGGUGACCCCGGGAAAAAAGCCAGCAGGGGAGACUUCAAAUUCAAAUAAGAAAUGUAAGAGGUAUUUCAAUGAGCAUUGGAAGGAAGAGUUCACAUGGCUGGAGUUUGACUACGAGCGCAAGCUGAUGUUUUGUAUGGAGUGCCGACAGGCUCUUGUGAAGAACAAGCAUGGCAAGGCUGAGAAUGCCUUCACUGUGGGGACUGAUAAUUUUCAGCGGCACGCACUUUUACGUCAUGUGACCUCUGGUGCCCACAGGCAGGCACUCGCUGUCAACAGUGAGCAGCUGGCCAUGGAAUUACAGUUUCAUCAAGAGAUAAAGUCAGUCAUCAAAGCUGAGAUGGAUCCAUCUAAGGUCGCUAUACUGACGACUGUUUACAGCAUGGCCAAGGAUGGUAUUUCCAGUGGGAAACUGACUUCUCUGCUGGAACUGCAGAAAUUCAAUCUGUGCGAAGCAUUGUUGUCUUCUGAGCAAAAUGAGUAUUACCACCCAAGCAGUGUAAGACAAAUGCAGGCAGCCAUUGUUAAAGUACUGCACAGUGAAGAUCGAAAGAGACUGAAAGACUCCCCGUUCAUUGGGCUGGUAGUUGAUGAGACCGUGGAUAUAGCAGAACACAGAAGUCUUGUUGUGUUCACAACAUCUAUUUCACCUUGUGAUGGACAGCUGUACAUCACAUUCCUGGGCAGGUUUGAGUUAUGUUUAGGGGAUGCCCACUCUGUGAUAGACAAACUGAUGGAGAUACUGAACGACUUUCAUGUCCCAACAAAAAAAGUAGCUUGGUUAAGUUCAGAUGGUUCAUCGCUGAUGUCAGACAGGCAAAAUGGUGUGGGUGAGAAGCAGAAAUCUCUUUGCCCAUUUGUAACAGAGCUUCACUGUAUUUCACACAGACGGUCUUUACUGCCAGCUGAAAGUAUUAUAAGUGUUGAUUAUGCAAGGAAAUAUGAAUGUGUAAUGGACGCUGUGUUUAGACUGUAUGGCAAUAAGAAUGGGGAAAGCCAUAGCUUUCAUGAUUUGCAUAAUGUUCUCAACAUCUGUGGCAUAGAUUUGAAUUGUCCAGGAACAAUUCACUGGACAUGUAUCUUACCAGCUGUCGAAACCGUUGACUCAUCUUGGCCAACACUAGUUCUUUUACUUGAAAGUGAAUCUGCAAAGUCUCCUAUAGCUAAUGGACUAUGCCUAGAGCUUAAAAAAUUCUGGUUUGUGGCUUUUACAAAGGUGCUUCUCGAUAUACUUCCCAUCUUCCAGAAACUCAACCAAUUCUUUCAGAUUGAGGAUCUAGACAUAUCUAUGGUGAAUCCAAUAGUGACUGCUUCACAGGCUACCCUGCAGGCUCAAAGGUCCACAAAUGGCCAAAACUUUCAAGAAUUCCUCAAUGAGUUGAAUGAGCAUCCUGAUGAGGAUAAUGAAAGCAGGUUCUACUACAAAGGGGUAGAGUUGGUUGACUGUUCCAAAGUCCAGUUGAAAAACUUUGAAAUUAUAAAGGAAGCCUGUCUUGAAAAUGUAUGCAAAUGCCUGCAAGACCAUUUUCCUGGCAAUGUGCUCAAAGUAGUUAGCUCUUUUUCUGUUCUUUUCAAUCCAAAGUGUUACCCAUCCUCCCUGGAUGAUAUUGGUGCCUAUGGUGAGGUAGAACUGCGCCACCUGCUGCAGUAUUUCUCUCAUGUUCUUGUUCCAGAGCGAGCAUCAAAUGACUUUGCUCUCUUUAAACGUAUAGUAUUUAGCCUUAGCCACCUGACUUUUCGAGACCUAUGUGUAAAGCUGGUCCACACAAACUCUGAGAUGCAUGAGCUCUUUCCUGACUUCACUGUCUUAGCAGCUAUCGCUUUAGUCAUGCCACUUGGGUCUGCACUCUUUGAAAAAAUCAGCCGUGCAAAGGAACUGUGGAAGCAUAGUCUUUGGCCAGGAAGAAUGGUGGGUGAUCUCUGCGAUGUUUUAAAAAUUGCCAUAGAUGGCCCAGCACUUAACGAGGUGGACUUUGCUAGAGCAAUUGACUACUAUGAGAACACACGGGAACCAGAGUCUUUUGUAUGUGCAUAAAGUAGUAGUAUUCAUUAUUAAUGAGAUUAUACUAGUUACUGGAAACACAGGGUUCUAAUGUUUUGUAUUUCAGUGUUAUAGUAUGCUACAUAGCUGCAGGAAAAGAAGAAAUACUGUUUCAAGUGCAAGUUUUUAAAACUGUAAACCAAUUUUAUGUUCACUUGUUAUAUUUCCUAGAUGAAUAUAUUGGUAUCCUAGACCAGCCUUCCAGAACCGGGUAAUGGGGCCGAUGGUUCAGAUAUGGCUUUCUAGAGAAACGCUGCUUCUUUUUCUAUGACCCACUUUUGAAUGGUAUCUGGUCUUUCUACAUGUUGUUACAUUGUGUAUGCUGCCUUUGAGAUGAAAAAACGUGAACAGCACCCUUGAAUAUCGCAGACCUAAACACAUGCAAUCAAGAAAAUGUUAAAUCUCUUGUGAUGGCUGACCAAGUAUAUAUUGCAUUUGCAUUGGUUUUGUAUAAAGACCACUUUAUUAUUUUA